AUGUCGAAACUUUCUACAACCGUCAAGGCGCUCAUCAACGCCGGCCACGCCAGGCCGGGCUACACGCGCGCAUCGGCGCAGGUCCAGCCCGCGUUGGCCGAGUUUGCUCGGGAUGCGAAAGAGAAGAAGGUCGGGUUGCCAGCUUGGGUGACGAUGUCGACGGCAGUUAGCGCAACCCUCAACUGCCCCGAAGCCAUGACGUCCAUCUUUCAGCUCGCAAACCUCACCGCGCCCUCAACCCGCAACCCCGUCCAAAACGCCGAACUCGUCCGCGAAGUCGGCCUAAAAUGCAUUUCCUUCAACGGCAUCCCGCGUUCCAUCAACUGCCUCAACGCCUUCUAUUCCAGUCUUCCCCCGGACGUCGCAUCCUCCCUCUCUACUCAACCCACGCGCGAAUACACCCUCCAAAACCUCGAGGCGAGGAAGAAAACCGGCUUGGCGCUUUGGGAUUCUGUGUACUUGGGCUUUGAAAGGAAAUUAUUGGAUAAACUGGCGCAGAGCCACCCAGAUUUACCUGUGCAUAUCCUGAAUGGACACUACGGGAGCUUGCUUUCUGAUCCUGAGGAUAAGAAGACAGGGGCUAAGGUGGGGCGAGUAUUGACUAGUUUGGUAGCGAUUGCGUGUUUGAGGGCGCAGACGGGGGUUGGACCGCAGGUGGUGAGUCAUAUUUUUGGAUUAAGGAAGGCGUAUGAGAAUGGGGAUGCGAGGGCGGCUGGGGAAGAAGAGGUUGAGGGUGGAGAGUGGUUGGCGGGCGAAGAGGGGAAUGUGUGGAUGUUGGAGCGUGUGGAUGAAUUGGUUAGGAUCAUUGGAGGCGGGGAGGGGACGAGUUUUGCGCCAGGGGUGAGGGCGAAGUUGUAG